GUUUGGAAUGCUUUACCCUGCAUAUUAUUCAUACAAAGCUGUGAAAACAAAAAACGUGAGGGAAUAUGUUCGAUGGAUGAUGUACUGGAUUGUUUUUGCUCUCUAUACUGUGAUUGAAACAAUAACAGAUCAAACAGUUGCUUGGUUUCCCCUGUACUAUGAGAUUAAAAUUGCUUUUGUCAUAUGGCUGCUUUCUCCCUAUACGAAAGGAGCAAGUUUAAUAUAUAGAAAAUUUCUUCAUCCACUUCUUUCUUCAAAGGAAAGGGAGAUUGAUGAUUAUAUUGUCCAAGCAAAGGAACGAGGCUAUGAGACCAUGGUAAACUUUGGGCGCCAAGGUUUAAACUUAGCUGCUACUGCUGCAGUCACCGCAGCCGUGAAGAGCCAAGGAGCAAUAACUGAACGUUUACGAAGUUUCAGUAUGCACGAUCUAACAGCUAUCCAGGGUGAGGAGCCUGUGGAACAAAGCCCAUACCAGACUCUACCUGUAACAAAAAAGAAAAGUAAACCAACCUCCAGUGAAUCGGCAGGUUAUGGAAUUCCACUGAAAGAUGGAGCUGAGAAAACAGAUGAAGAAGGGGAAGGAUCAUAUUCAGAUGAUGAGAUGUUAACACACAAAGGGCUUCGAAGAACACAAAGCAUGAAGUCUGUGAAAACCAUCAAAGGCCGCAAAGAGGUGCGGUAUGGGUCACUCAAAUAUAAAGUGAAGAAAAGACCACAAGUAUAUUUUUAGUCAUGUACACUUCAAGUAUCCCAAGAAAAUUAUGCAAAUGAAUUUUUUUCCAACAUUAUAUGGUCACAGUGUAUUCACAUUAAAUAAUUCUUUAAAUUGUGGCGAUGAUAGGGUUUACUUUCAUUGAUUCAUAUAGUUUUUAUUUAAUGAUUACAUCCAAAUCUUGACUACUAAGGGUAGUAUGCAAAACUUACCUGUAUAAGAAAUAAUAGAGAAUUGUGUUAUUUGUUUUCAAAUUACUUGGCAACAUGGAGUUGGGAUAUCCCAACUGAUGUUUAAUGAUAUAUUUAUACUAAUGUAUAAAAUGAUACAAACCCACAGUAUACUUGAAAAGAGUCUUCUUAUGGUUCAGAAUACAUCAGCCAUUGUGGUAUUGUAUUGUGUUUACCUCCAUUUACACUGUAUCUGUCACAUGGGGAUAGUGAUUAAAGAGAUCUCUGAUGCAGCAAGUGACAGAUAAGUAUGUUUUCUAUAUUCUUUAAAUUUUAACUUUUUUAAUAUUUUCUACUUUUUCCACCAUCAACUGAAAGUUUUCUAAACAAAUAUUUGAAAACCAGGUAUCCACAUAGCACUUUUAUUCUUUACUAGUUUUGCACACUUGAAAAUUGUUUACUUAUUUUACAACUGUACAUUUUAGUUUUAUUGUCACUAGUGUUAUUUGUCAUAUCCUGACAUAUCAGAUUUAUACCUUGAAUUACAUCAUCUCUGUUGCUGUGGGCUUCAUUUGUUAAAUUCAUUUGAUUUUCAUAAUAUAAAAAUAUAAUUAACUGCUCAAUUUUAACUUUUUAAUUAUCUUUUUUAUAGAUAAGUUAUAUUAAACAUUAACCAGUUUUUCAUAUUUAGCUCUACCUUAUAGUUGAACUUAGCAUGUUUUUGUUAACACUGGUUACAUUUUUAACUUUAAAAAGUGAUAGACUUUAUUAAAUAGUCAGAGACCAGUAUAGCACUUAGGCCUUUUCUAAUUCAUCAAAUUACCAACAGUCAAUCUAUUCACAGGCUUGGAAUUCAUAUUUGCUGCUAAUUUAUAAAUUUCACAUUAACUAGAAUCAUUUGAAUCUCUUUGCUAGCUGAGAUAAUUUUCUGCAGAUACAAAAUACAGAUGUUGUCGGUCUUAUAUCUUAAAAGCUAUUAGACUAGAUAUUAGGAAAAUAACAUAUUUUUAAUCCAAGAGAUUUUGAGGUAUUCAUAUUUGAGACUUUUUUAGGUUGGUAACUAUGCAUUAUGAACUCUAAAUAUAUUUCUGGUGAUGGUUUUAGUGAUCAUGAAUCAUAUUUAUACACUUACUCUUGUUCAGAUGAUUUUGCUUGACUAUUCUACUUGGUUGUCCAAAAGAAAAAACAAUGAGAGAUUUGUGAGCUCUUUGACCUUUUUACCUUUAAGAAACAAAGCCAGCUGGCAAUGUAUAUUCAGGACCUCCUCUGAGUGUUGGCAGAGAAUUGUAUGUUUACUCAGGAGUGCCUUAGCAUAAUUCAUACGUUUCUCUUAAUACAAGCCUUAAAACAUUUUCGUGAUUAUCUCACAUUCUUGACAUACAGCAACUUGUAAAAAUUUGUUCAGCUUAUUUUCUCCUAAGUUUAUUUCUAUGAAUACAUUUAUUGCUUUAUCUUGACUAAGUUUUAGCUUCUUAGUUUCAGGAAAGUCUUAUUAAUUUGCGAUCAUAUUUUCUAUGUAUUCUGAUUAUAAAUUCUUGGAAAAGAGUUUUAUUUAUAGUGGUGAGUACUAGAUUUACCACUGUAAAUGCUAUAGCAUGCUUGUCUUUCCUGUGCAACAGCAAUGUCAUCUCUGCCUGCUAAAGUCACUUAUAAGUGAUUUUAUAUCAAAAAACAUUUUCUGUGGGGGGUGGGCUGUUUUGCAUCAUUUUAUAUUUUUCAAGUCUAAUCUCAGUAUUAAACUUACUAUUUAAUUACAGUAAACUAGUACUGUUGUAAUGGAAAAUUAUUUAGCACUCUACACUUCUAGAAUCAAAAAGUUUAGUCAGACAGCACCAAUAUUAGAGUUAAUGCAAGCCCUUCUGUUAUCACUUUACACUCAUACUGCUUCCUCUGGUAUUUUCUCCUGUCACAUCCUUAUAAUCUAUACCAUUUUGCUCCUCUAGCAUUUCCUAUCCCCUUUUCUUAUAUAUCUCUUAAAUUUUGUUUAUUUUCCCUUGAAUGUUGUAUAAUACACAUAAAAUUUUUUUCUCUGAAGGUGAAGCAGGUCACUUUUUGUCUCUCUGCUGUUAAGUCUACUGCUUUUGGAAGAGCUGAAUUUAUUCUUUAACCACAGUGCCUUAUUUUCCCCACCACCAUCACCUGGUGAAUGAGCAUCAGGUGCUGCACAAACCUAUUUCUAUUUAGCAUAAUAUUCAUUCAACAUAUUUGUUAGCUUUCUACAAUUUGUUUGGAAGUAAGAAUUGAGCCAUCCUUGUUGCCAUGUUUUUUCUGGCAUAAAAGCUGAGCCAGAAUAAGCCUUAUUGCUAAGUUAUUAAUUAUGUAAUCCCACCUAGGUCCUUUUUUAAAUUCCUUCCACACACUCCCUUACAUGUAUGUGGAAUUGGCUAGAAAAUGAUACUGCCAGCAUUACUAAAUUUAAAUACUUGACUACACAGAUUUAUAGAACAAAAUUAUUAACGUAUCUUCAGGGAAUUUAAUCCAUAUGUCAUCACCAAAGACUUCUGCAGUGUUAUAAAGUGUGUAAAUAUUCUAAAUUUCUGUAAAACAUUGGUUAGAUAAACAUUUUUAUCCCCUUUUUUUGGAAUAGCACAUUUUUGCUUUUGCUAUAUGCUUGAACAUUUGGGUUGUU